AUGGCCAAUAAGGUAGCCGUUAUGGGAGUUUCGUCCGUCCUUCUGGUGGCAAUGGUGGUGGCUGUGACUAUCGGCGUCUCCCGCAAGAACGGUGGUGACCCCGGAGGCGUCUCGGGUGGCGGCGGCGGGGGAGCCGAGAUCUCGGCGUCGAAGAAAGCCGUGCAUCAAAUCUGCCAGCCGACCGAUUACAAGGAGACUUGCGAGAAGACUUUGUCCGGCGGUGGGGAAAACACGACGGAUCCCAAGAAGCUGAUCAAGGUGGGAUUUGAUGCGGCCGUGAAGGAACUCGGCGAAGUCAUCAAGAACUCGAGCUUCUUCCAGGAGGGCGCCAAGGACCCUCGCACCAAGGACGCGUUGGAGAACUGUGGGGAGCUUCUUCAACUGUCCAUUGACGAUUUGAAGCGAUCCUUCGACGAGGUUGAGUCGUUCGACGUGACCAAAAUGAACGAAUAUGUGGAUGACCUUAAGACUUGGCUCACCGCCGCCGGCACGUACCAGGAGACGUGCAUCGACGGCUUCGAAAAUACGACCGGCGACUUCGGGGAGAAGAUGAGGAAGCUCCUCAAGUUGUCUAGCGAGCUCACUAGCAAUGGCUUGGCCAUCGUCACGGAGCUCUCCGGGAUCCUUACCUCGUACCCGCUUUCCAGCUCCAACAGCCGUCGGCUUCUGUCUGAGGACGGCUUGCCGGAGUGGACCAGCGCCGGACAGCGCCGGCUGCUCCAGGCUAGUCCGGGCACUCUGAAACCCAACGUCGUGGUGGCUCAAGAUGGGUCCGGAAAGUACAAGACCAUCAACGAAGCCCUCAAGGAAGUCCCAAUCAAGGGGGACUCCACUUUUGUGAUAUACAUCAAGGCCGGUUUGUACAAGGAGAUCGUUAACAUCACCAAGCAAAUGAAACAUGUGGUGUUGAUCGGCGAUGGCCCUACCAAGACCAAGAUCUCCGGUAACCGGAGCUUCAAAAGUGGAUACAACACCUUCAAGACUGCCACAUUAACUACCGACGGAGAGUUCGUGAUGUUAAAGAACCUGUAUGUGGAGAACACGGCAGGACACGAGGGGCACCAAGCUGUGGCCCUCCGGGUCGGAUCAGACAGAGCCAUCGUCUACAAUUGCCACCUUGACGGCUUCCAGGACACCCUCUACGUGCACACCCACCGCCAGUUCUACCGCGACUGCACCAUCACCGGCACCGUCGACUUCAUAUUCGGCGACUCCGCCACCAUCUUCCAGAACUGCAAGAUGAUCGUGAAGAAGCCCGGGCCCAACCAGGACUGCAUGGUGACGGCCCAAGGCCGCAAGGAAGAGCGCGCCAUCAGCGCCCUCGUCCUCCAGAACUGCACCAUCACCGCCGAGCCGGCGUUCGUGGCCGCCAAGGGCGAGCACAAGGCCUAUCUGGGCCGCCCCUGGAAGACCUACUCCAGGACCGUGAUCAUGGAUUCCUUCAUCGACGGUAGCAUCGACCCCGCCGGUUGGGCGCCAUGGCAGGGCGAUCUCUACCUGGACACCAUCUGGUACGCCGAGUACAACAACAGAGGGCCGGGAUCGGACACCAGCAAGAGGGUGACCUGGAAGGGGAUUAAAAAGAUUACUGCAGAGUCAGCGCAGUCCUUCACCGCCGGCAGGUUCAUCGACGGCGACACAUGGGUGAAGCCCACCGGUGUUACUUACAAAGCCGGCAUGAAAUAA